GGAGGCUGUCGCGCCGCGUUGGAGGAUGUGGCUUAGGCUGGGGUCCAAGCAAGUCUUCCCGGUACCUCCUUCAGUCCACAUCUGGGACGAGCCUAUGUGGAGACCAGGAUCUUGUGGUGUCAUUGAAGUUCAGCACCUGCUUCUCCACCCACGGACCCACACAGCAGAGAGCAGCGCAAGAGCAAGAGGCAGCCUUUCCUCCCUGCUCCCUUAGGUCCUACCUCUCGGAAGAUGCAUUAUUACAGAUACUCCAGCGCCGAGGUCAGCUGCUGGUACAAGUACCUCCUCUUCAGCUACAACAUCGUCUUCUGGUUGGCUGGAGUCGUCUUCCUGGGAGUCGGACUGUGGGCAUGGAGCGAAAAGGGGGUGCUCUCCGACCUCACCAGAGUGACCCGGCUGCAUGGAAUUGACCCCGUGGUGCUGGUCCUGAUGGUGGGCGUGGUGAUGUUCACGCUGGGGUUUGCUGGCUGCGUGGGGGCCCUGCGGGAGAACAUCUGCCUGCUCAAGUUUUUCUGCGGCGCCAUCGUGCUCAUCUUCUUCCUGGAGCUGGCCGUGGCCGUGUUGGCCUUCCUCUUCCAGGACUGGGUGAGGGACCGGUUCCGGGAGUUCUUCGAGAGCAACAUCAGAUCCUACCGGGACGACAUUGACCUGCAGAACCUCAUCGACUCCCUGCAGAAGGCCAACCAGUGCUGUGGGGCGUAUGGCCCUGAAGACUGGGACCUCAACGUCUACUUCAACUGCAGUGGUGCCAGCUACAGCCGAGAGAAGUGCGGGGUGCCCUUUUCCUGCUGCGUGCCAGACCCCGCGCAAAAGGUCGUGAACACACAGUGUGGAUAUGAUGUCAGGACUCAGCUGAAGAGCAAGUGGGACGAGUCCAUCUUCACGAAAGGCUGCAUCCAGGCGCUGGAGGGCUGGCUCCCGCGGAAUAUCUACAUCGUGGCUGGCGUCUUCAUUGCCAUCUCCCUGCUGCAGAUAUUUGGCAUCUUCCUGGCGAGGACCCUGAUCUCGGACAUCGAGGCGGUGAAGGCAGGCCAUCACUUCUGAGGAGAGAGGCACGCGAGUGGAGCUGAGCCACGCCAUGGAGGCCCAACCCUUCACUGUCGUCACUGUGGUCCCGAGGGAGGGAAGCGGAUCACCCUGCCAGAGCCAGCACCCCGUCUUCAGCAUCAGUGUGACGUGACCUCUGUUUCUGCUUGCUGGUGCUGAAGACCCAGGGGCCCCUCUUAGCUGCACAGACUUGUGAACAAGACCCCUCCUGGGCAGGGUCUCCCAAGAGACAGAGAGUGUGUCUUUACGUGGGGCUAGUGACUCUUCGGGACAGACAGGGUUCCUGUGGCUGCAAGGAGGGCUUCUCUCUGUCCUCCUGGAGCCCACGUGCGUUGGCAGGCACCCUGGCCUCCUCUCCACUCGUGUCAUCGGUGCUGGCCAGGAGAGCAGCCACAUCUUCUGUGAGGGGAACGUGGGUAGGGGACCAGCAGGCGUGGACAAGACUGCUCGCAGCAGCAGGGGCACCGCCUGUGACUGGGGAGGGGAGGGGCACGAGUGGACCUCCGAGUGCCAGUGGGGCCUGUGGUGUCUGCCCGCGUUGGGGGUAUUUGAGGAUCCUCAGCCGUGUCCCAGUGACAUAAGCCUGAGCCAGUGUGUGGGCUGGUGCCCCUCCCAGGGCAGGAACUGUCUCUGGUCUCAGCAGCAUUCUGCCCUGAUGGCAUGAGGGGCAGUGGGCAUGGUUCUUCCGAGAGUUGGCUCUUCUUUUCUAAGGUGUGUAAAUAGUUUAUUUAUAGGGUAAGAGUGUUCUCACACUGCUUCGCCAUUUCCUCUGACAUUGUCCUCUGAGCAGCCAUCCCCAGUGUCUGGGACUGAGGCCAUGCCUUUCGGUUCCCCUGAGCGUCACAUGACCCAACCCAUCGGCUUCUCCUUUUCAUCCCUGAGCCCAGGUGCACACACGUGCUUCCCCUUCUGCUGUGCCCCGGGCACACCUGCACUCAGCUGCCCUCCCCAGCUCGGCCUCACUGUCUCUGGUCUCGGUGCUACUGAAACCCUCACCCAGAACUUGAAUCCUGACCUGCCCCCCAACUGCAAGGCCAGGGAGCCCCAACCAGAGAUGGCCAGCCUGAAACCUUUGGCCAGGGCUCCUCUCCAGGCUAUGUGCUGAGGGCUGGCCGGCUGGCCUGGCAUUUACCUCUCCCUGGAGAGAAGCUCUGCGGCCAGGCCCUGGGCCGAGCCGCAGACCCCAGCCCGCAGCUGCACAGACGCUGCAGACAUUGUGUUCUAACUUUGGUGGUGACUCCCUCCCUGGAUCGGGGUGUCUGUGGUCACUGCCUCUACCCUUCCUGUCCAGGCUGUCCCGGGCUUGCUCUUGGAAAUGGAGUCUGUCUCCUGUACUGAAUAAGCCCCAAGGGAGGGCAGGGCGUUCGUGCGUCUGGCUGGGCUGCUUUCUGACGCUUUUCUGGAUCUCCUGCCAGUUCUGUCCUCACGGUUGAGGGGUCGAGGGCUGCCUUCACCUGCUCGCCUGAGUGUCCGUGCUGGUGUAGUGGGUACCGGGGGUGUUGUGUGGAUGAUGUUGUUACAAUUUUUUUUUUACUGUUUUCUCUAUAGACUAGGGGAAGAAGAAUGCUUUUGUUAGGAAGUGUGGUGCUUUUCUUUGGCUGCCAAACUCGUUUAUGGAAUAUAUCUUUAUACUAAC